ACUGGGAGGGGUUUCCCCGCUCGCGGGGCUCCCCGCCCGCCGGGUGCGGUGGCAGCGCGGCAGUCGGUGCGGAGCCGUGCGGAGCCAUGACGUCCCGCAGGUGGUUUCAUCCCAACAUCAGUGGCAUCGAGGCAGAGAAGCUGCUCCUGACCAGGGGGGUCCAUGGCAGCUUUCUGGCUCGGCCCAGCAAGAGCAACCCUGGAGACUUCACUCUCUCUGUCAGGAGGAACGAUGAGGUGACGCACAUUAAGAUCCAGAAUACAGGGGAUUACUACGACUUGUACGGAGGGGAGAAGUUUGCCACCCUCGCAGAGCUGGUGCAGUACUACACUGAGCAGCAAGGGCUGCUGCGGGAGAAGAACAGCAAUGUCAUCGAGCUGAAGUACCCCCUGAACUGCCAGGACCCGACCUCGGAGAGAUGGUACCAUGGGCACCUCACUGGCAGGGAGGCAGAGAAGCUCCUGACGGAGAAAGGGAAGCCAGGCAGCUUUUUGGUGCGGGAGAGCCAGAGCAAACCGGGCGACUUCGUGUUGUCAGUGCUGACAAACGAGGAUAAGAUGGAGACGGGGGACCGCAAACCACACGUGACCCAUGUGAUGAUCCACUACCAGCCAGAUGGGAAGUACGACGUGGGGGGAGGUGAGAGGUUUGACACACUCACAGACCUGGUGGAGCACUACAAGAAAAACCCCAUGGUGGAGAAAUCUGGAGCUGUGGUCCACCUGAAGCAGCCAUUCAACGCCACUCGCAUCAACGCGGCCAACAUUGAGAACAGAGUGAGGGAGCUGAACAAAAUGGCAGAUCACAGCGAGAAGGCCAAGCAAGGGUUCUGGGAAGAGUUUGAGAUGCUGCAACAGCAGGAGUGCAAGCUCCUGUACCCCAGGAAGGAGGGGCAGCGACCUGAGAACAAGUCGAAGAAUCGCUAUAAGAACAUCCUUCCCUUUGACACCACGCGGGUGGCACUCCGAGACGUGGAUGAGAGCGUGCCUGGCUCAGACUACAUCAAUGCCAACUACAUCAAGAGCAUCCCUGAGGAUGGAAGGAACUCGGAGCAUUGCAAGAUCUACAUAGCCACCCAGGGCUGCCUGCAGACAACAGUGAAUGACUUCUGGACCAUGGUGUACCAAGAGAACAGUCACGUCAUUGUCAUGACAACCAAGGAAGUGGAGCGGGGCAGGAACAAAUGUUUCCGCUACUGGCCAGACAAGGGCUGUGCCAAGGAGUAUGGCUGCAUCUGCGUGCGAAACAUCAGCGAGCGCGAGGCACAGGGCUACUACCUCCGGGAGCUGGAGAUCCUGCACAUGGACAGGGAUGAGCGUCCCAGGGUGGUGAAGCACUACCAGUAUUUCAGCUGGCCAGACCACGGGGUGCCCAAUGAACCGGGAGGGGUUCUCAGCUUUCUGGACCAAGUGAACCGCACACAGCGAAGCAUUCCAGACACGGGGCCGAUCAUAGUGCACUGCAGUGCUGGAAUAGGACGCACAGGCACCAUCAUAGUGAUAGACAUUCUGGUGGAUAUUAUUCACAGGCAAGGUUUAGACUGCGACAUUGACAUCCCCAAAACGAUCCAGAUGGUACGCAGGCAGCGCUCUGGCAUGGUGCAGACAGAGGCCCAGUACAAGUUCGUUUACAUGGCUGUCCAGCAGUUCAUUGAAGCGGAGCAGAAGAGGCUGGAGGAAGAGCAGAGAAGUAAAAGGAAAGAGCGAGACUACUUGAAUAUUGGAUACCCUCCUGUGGAAAAAGGCAGAGCCAAAGGGCAGCCCCCUUCACCACGAGCCCAGCCUGUGGCUGAUGAUGAGUCAGCUUCCGUCUAUGAGAACCUCAACAUCAAAAGCCCAAAGGUUUCAGGGAUGAGUAACACGGGGCGAUAGAGGAGCUGAAGGUGAGGCUGUGCAGACCUGCAGGACUUACAGUGUUUACGUCCACCCUUUUCACAUGCUGCAACUGUGGACAGUGCUUUUUUGCCCAUUUUGCCUUCCCCGAGCACCUUGGAUUCAGCGAGGAGCUAAGAAGCAAGCAGAGCCUUAAGAACAUGCCUUGAGCUAACUUAUUCUUGAGAAGGACCUUCUCCUGGUUUCCCCUGUAUCAGUAGGUUGAUAUUUAUGUGGAAGUGCCUCUGGACAUUUGUUGGGCAUCGAAGCUGUUUUAAUUGUUGUUGGUGUUUGUGUUUUCUUUUUUUUUUUUUUUAAUUUUAAGAUUGUUAUUUUUUACAUGUAAAUUGUUAAGAAUGGAAAUGCCUAUUUGCUUAGGAGCUUUCCCAGGGUUGCCCACUUAGGGCAUUAGUCAAGUAUUAGUGCACUUCAAUAUGUUCAUUAGGUCAAUCAUUUCCGAGCUAGAAGUGUUUGCUUCUAGGCUAAUUUCCAGGCUAACUUUGCUGCCUUGAAGGUGGGAAGUAGCACUGCCUGGAUCCCAGGUAUCUGUGCCUCUGUUGAUUCUUCUCCUCACACUUCUGGCUGUUGCAGUUAUAGCUUUCUAUGCAACCCUGCUGUACAACAGGUGAGGUGUGUGUGUGUGUGCUUGGAGCUGCGUGUGAGCAUCAUGGCAGGGCUGGGAGGCAGAGGUGGGCACCCUCACUUUGGUGUGAGUGUUGAGCCCUGAAAGCCCAUCUAGCUGGAGUUUGCUGACGAGCAGGAAAGCAGUUUGACUGUGCACUGUGCUUUCAGCCCCCCUGGGUGAAUAACACACCCUAGGAUGCUGAGCUGAGCUGAACUUGUAGAGCUGGGUCCCUCUAAGCUUGAUGCAGCUCUGCUGUUUCCUUGCUGUAUGACCUCUCCUUCCCCCCACAGCUAUAUGACAAGUGCUGUGUGUGCUGCAUUGGGUGCUGUAGGAGCACUUAGGAUUUGACCAGUGCCACGGAGAUGAGUGUGUUACUGGGUGGAGUGUUCCAGCUCUGUUGAUGAAUCUUGACUUGUGACUGCUGGGGCUUCCUGCUGUUCCAGCCCUUCGGUCUGCAAAUAGAACCCCCCUUUUUGUAGGAUUCACUGGGGUCAGAGUGCCAGUGUUGACUUCUGGAGCAUGCAGGGUGCUGAUGUGCUCCGGGGUCACUGCCCCUCUGCCUGGUCAGGGACCUUGGUGCCCAAGAGCCUGCAUGAGCAGGAGGGGCUGAAUGAAAGCACGAUGGCAUCCCUUGGCUGUAUUUCCUGACUGGUCUUCCUGGUCCCUACUCACAGGACAGGAAAACUGUUUUAUUUUUAUUGCACUUUUAAUAAAUGUUGAAUAUUCUCAAAGCUUUUCUUAUUCUUUUCCCCCUCUCUUUUUAAGUGGUUGGGAAAGUGGCUGACAAUCAGUGUGGACAAGGGGCCUCCUGAACAUCUGUGAGCUGUGAGAUCAGUGUGCUCACUGUUUACCACCCAUGACAAUGGGUGUGAUGGGGCUGAAGAUGCCGUUUCCCUCCCCCCUGCCCUUAGGUCUCAUCAGUGGGACUGAGAAGUAACGUAGUUGCACAUGACAGAACACUUCAUCACUGCUAGUGCCAGUUUGCUGGGCUUAAUCUCAAAUGCACCUUUUACAAUGAAAGUGCCUUCUCUGCCCUAAGUCUCAGUGAGCCACUUUUUCCAAGAACGCACUUAAGCUGGUGCUGUGAAGAUAUCCUUCCAGCAGCAAGUGGAUGGGAUGAUGCAAGGGAGAAUCCCUGUCGAGCCCAGGGCCUUUGGCAGAAGUUGUUGCAGUGCCUGGACUAAUUUCUGCAGCCAUGUGGCUGGCACAGAUAAUAGCAGCCUGCAGCUAA